GUGCCCUUACGCUGCCUAGGAGACGAGACGCGAGGCCGGCAGGACUCGCCGGGUGGCCAUGGAGCUACCCUUAGGGCCGUGCGACGAUUCCCGUGGCUGGGACGAUGACUCGGAUUCCGAGUCAGAGACAGACCCCGACGCCCAGGCCGAGGCCUAUGUGGCCCGCGUGCUCAGUCCGCCAAAAUCCGAGCUGGCGACCCUGCGCCCCUCGCAGCUGUCCACGCCCGCAUCUUCCCCGAGCGCUUCGGGGCCUCGGGCCGCGUCCAAGGUUUCGGCCGUAAGUGAGCCGGGCCUUCUCAGCCUUCCCCCAGAGCUGCUGCUUGAAAUCUGCUCCUACCUGGACGCCCGCCUCGUGCUCCACGUUCUGUCACGCGUGUGCCACGCGCUGCGCAACCUCGUGCGUGACCAUGUCACCUGGAGGCUACGCGCGCAACGCCGUGUACGCGCGCCCUACCCAGUGGUGGAAGAGAAGAACUUUGACUGGCCGGCAGCCUGCAUUGAGCUGGAGCAGCACCUGUCCCGCUGGGCAGAGGAUGGGCGCUGGGCUGAGUAUUUCUGCCUGGCCAACGGGCACAUUUCUUCCAUUGACUCCGUGCUGCUGCUCCAGGGUGGGGCACUCUGUCUGUCGGGUUCUCGAGAUCGCAACGUCAACUUGUGGGACCUGCGGCAGCUGGGGAUGGAGCCCAGCCAGGUUCUGGUCAAGACCUUGGGCACCGAUCGGUUUAGUACCCACAAGGGCUGGGUGUGGUCGCUGGCGGCACAGGACCACUGUGUGUGCUCCGGCUCCUGGGACAGCACAGUGAAGCUCUGGGACAUGGCAGCAGAUGGGCAGCAGUUUGGCGAGAUAAAGGCUAACUCAGCCGUGCUGUGCCUCUCCUACCUGCCUGACAUCCUGGUGACCGGCACCUAUGACAAGAAGGUGACCAUCUACGACCCCAGAGCCGGCCCAGCCCUGUUGAAGAGCCAGCGACUACACUCUAGCCCAGUGCUGGCCCUGCUGGCGGAUGACCAGCACAUCAUCUCAGGCAGCGAGGACCGCACCCUGGUGGUGGUCGACCGCCGAGCCAACAGAGUCCUGCAGCGGCUGCAGCUGGACUCCUACCUGCUCUGCAUGUCCCACCAGGACAUGCAGCUCUGGACUGGUGACAACGAGGGCCUGCUGCACGUCUUCACCAACCGCGACGGCUGCUUCCAGCAUGUCCGGUCCUUCAAUGUGGGCCACAGGUCUCACAUCACUGGGAUCCAGUACUCUCUGGGAGCCUUGUACACCACAUCCACUGACAAGACCCUCCGGGUGCACGUGCCCACAGACCCGCCAAGGACCAUCUGCACCCGAAGGCACGACAGUGGGUUCACCGGGGUCUGUGCUGAGGGCAACCUGGUGGUGGCUGCCUCUGGGGGCCUGUCGCUAGAGGUCUGGAGGCUGCAGGCCUGAGCAGGUGGACGUGGAUGUGGAUACUGCCGGCUGGGGGCUGGGCCUCAGCCUCUGUUCUUUGGGGACCGUCCUCAACAUUGGUGCUGCUUCUCUCCCCCACAGGGCCUAGGGCACAAGGAGUCCUGGCCACAUCCGGGUGAAGGUCCUGGCCUGGGCCCUCUGCAUAUGGGGUUGAAGUUGGGUUUCAGGCCCACCCAGGGGGCUGCCCCCCACCCUAGGGCCCUGUUUUUUCUUUGGGGGGGGGUGGGGCCUGGUUUUGUUAUGAUUUGGAUGUGCAGCUCUCAGGUGAGAGUGAAGGAGAAAUAAACCUGACGUGUUGGUGCUUGCGCCUGCA